GACAAAAAAUAUUAUAUCUUUUUCUGAAGUGAAAUUGAAUAAGAUUUUCUCCAUUAACGAAGCCAUAUUCAUCUGAUAUACUGCGUGAAGACCUUUGUAAACAUGUCGUCUUUCAAGAAUGCGAAGAAAAGCUUGCAAAAGACCCACAGAGAGAGAAGUCAGCCAAGUAAACGAAAACAGUUUGGUUUGCUUGAAAAGCACAAAGACUAUGUCUUGAGAGCUAAGGAUUUUCAUCGUAAAGAAGACCAGCUAAAGCUUCUUCGUGAAAAAGCGCGGAAUAAGAAUCCUGAUGAGUUUUAUUAUAAAAUGAUCAAGACAAAAACACGGGACGGCGUUCAUGUUGUUGAGGGGAAAAAACCAUACACUAAGGAACAAUUGAAAAUGAUGAAAAGUCAAGACUUGAACUAUGCUAGGAUGAAAAGAAUUACAGAGAAAAAUAAGAUUGAAAGACUUCAGUGUUCGCUACAUUUAAUUGAUGAAAAACACAGACAAGUUAACUCGCGUACUGUUUUUAUCGACUCAAAACAAGAUGCCGAAGUAUUUGAGCCUGCGGCUGACCUUGGGCUAACCAACCUGGAUCCAGCUAGCAAAGAUGAACUCUCAAACACUGAGGAACAACUGAGGAUUGAAAAGGCAAGAAAACAAGCAUAUGAUGAGCUAGACAAAAGAAUUGAAAGAGAGAAACAUUUAAGUGUGAUUGAACAACAAAUGCAGUUACAAAAGAAUCUGAUGGGAAAGGGAAAGAGGAUGAAAAUCAACACUGGAGAAGAUGGUCCAGUUGUGUUCAAGUGGAAGAAACAAAGAAAAAAGUAAUUACGAGGCAUGACUAAGGUGAAUGUCCAAUGAGUAUUGUACUUGGUAGUGUCUUGACUGAAAAUGCCUUUAGGAAAUGCCACAAUCCGGUUGUUCAAGUUAACUGACGGUUUGAUCAGGGGUUAUUCAUGCAAGACUAGCCCUAUUUUAAAGUUUGAAAAAUUGGGGACUCAAUUAGAUUAAUUAAUAUGUCCUCUGUGUCAUGAACAUAUAUUUAAUGAAAAUUUUGACAGGAUCAUCCGUUCAGCCCAGUGGCAGUUAUUGUGUAUGCAUGAAGCAUAUUCAACUUGAGAACCGGAACAUCAAAUAUGACAUGAAAGUGGAAAAUCACAAUACAUCCUUGCAUAGACAUGCCAUGCCAUUUAUUGCUCAUUUUCAUGUUGUCUUUGACAUUCCCAUCCUCAUGCUAUAUUUGUCUAUUGUGCGAUACAUUAGAUCUUCACUAAGCUCCAACAGUGCUAAUACAAGUUAUUUGAAACAUACAAUAAUUAUUAUCAUUGCAAGUACAUGAAAAUAUCACUUUAUAUUACAGAGUUUGGUCAUCAAUUUUUUAACAUUUUCUUUUGGAGAAUUAGGCUUAAACAUGGGGUUAAUUACAAAUCCAAUAAUAGCAAGUGACAAGAAAUUAAAACAACAAAUAAUAGUGAACAAACAGCACCACAUAUAGAAAGAGUUGCUGGCACACAUUGUUCACAAACAAUUUUGACUAGAUACAUAUGGAGAAAAACAUGGUUCAUUGCCAGCCACAGGCAUAUAUCAAACACAUGUAUCAAACUUGUCAAACAGUUUUAAAAU